GGCGGGGCGCGGCCGGGCUCCGGCGGGCGCGGAGCGCGGCGGGAGCGGAACGAGCGCCAGGCUUUGGUUGGUGUUGUAGACUCAUAUUUCUCUGAAGCUGAUGUUUUCCUAACACUUUCAGCUUAGCUUUAAAAGCUGCUUCGCUGGAAUGUUUUAAACGGUUAAAAAACCUCUAGGAUUUGAAGGUUAUUUAAAUUAAUUGAAGGAAGUACUUCUGGCCUCACCAAAGAAAUAACUGGAAUCAUGGAUCAGAACAACAGUUUGCCACCCUACGCUCAAGGCUUAGCCUCCCCUCAGGGUGCAAUGACUCCAGGAAUUCCAAUUUUCAGCCCGAUGAUGCCGUAUGGCACAGGACUGACACCGCAGCCUGUCCAGAGCACCAACAGUCUGUCCAUCCUGGAGGAGCAGCAGCGGCAGCAGCAGCAGCAGCAAGCAGCACAGCAAUCCACGUCACAGCAAGCCACACAGGGAACAUCUGGUCAAACCCCCCAGCUCUUCCAUUCACAGACUCUUACCACAGCCCCCUUACCAGGAACCACCCCUCUGUACUCCUCUCCAAUGACUCCAAUGACUCCAAUAACUCCUGCGACACCGGCGUCGGAGAGCUCUGGCAUAGUGCCACAACUACAGAAUAUUGUGUCUACAGUGAAUCUUGGUUGCAAACUUGACCUGAAAACUAUUGCACUUCGUGCCCGAAAUGCUGAAUAUAAUCCUAAGCGUUUUGCUGCUGUUAUUAUGAGAAUAAGAGAACCACGUACUACUGCACUGAUAUUCAGCUCUGGGAAAAUGGUGUGCACAGGAGCAAAAAGUGAGGAGCAAUCCAGACUGGCUGCAAGGAAGUAUGCAAGAGUUGUUCAGAAACUGGGUUUUCCUGCAAAAUUUUUGGAUUUUAAAAUUCAGAAUAUGGUGGGCAGCUGUGAUGUGAAAUUUCCCAUCAGACUGGAAGGAUUGGUACUCACACACCAGCAGUUCAGCAGCUACGAGCCGGAAUUGUUUCCUGGCUUAAUCUACAGAAUGAUUAAGCCAAGAAUUGUUCUGCUUAUUUUUGUUUCUGGAAAAGUGGUUUUAACUGGUGCUAAAGUACGAGCAGAAAUCUAUGAAGCAUUUGAAAACAUCUAUCCUAUUUUAAAGGGAUUCAGAAAGACAACGUAACAGUUUCUACACAUUUCAGAGAAAUCAGGGGUAUAUUUUAAAAGGUAUUGUGUAUGGCACAGCAGUAACAAGAAAUGGACUUCCAGUGCAACUGCAACACCAGGACUUGGACUAUUUCCCAGUUAGUGCCUACUUCCCUGAUGCUCAAGGGGAACUGUUUUCUUGAGUAUGUCUACUGAGUUACUGUGAGUUGCUUUACUGGGUUGUUCCUGGAGCAGCCCCUCCAACUUUUAUUUAUAUUCUAGCUUUUAAAUAGUUUUAAUGCCAGUUCUAUUAAUAGAAAAAACUGUAAGUUGGUUUAAAGACAAAUGCAACUGUGUCACUCAGUGUAUAAACCACUUUAAUUGCCAUGUAUAUAUGUUUUAAGUUCCUUCCAUAAGACCAUGGUUUUUAUAAUUUUCAGAACUUUAGCUUUUAAAUUUUUUCAAUUUUAAAUUUCUUUGGUGCCAGACACAUUCCCUCUUUCCAGUAUUAAGCGAGAUAGAAUAAAUUUAUUAAUUAAAAUGGCUCACUGUACAUAUAUAUAUAAUAUAUACCUUUCUUCUCUUUCCUUCUUCAACUCCACAUGUACAAUAAACCCUGUUUAUACAACUAUGGGAACUGUCUUAAUAAAUUUUAAAAUUACCCAGCUGGUAGAAUGAAAUACAUUGAAUUACUUUUUUUAUUUAAUAGAUUUUUUAAUAGCAGAUGCACUGCUAUAAGUGACGUGUUGUUUUGAGAGAAUCUUAGCAGUGCUCUGGCUUGCUUACCAGCAGUCACACCCCUGGCAAUGUCUACCUUGAAUAUUUCCAACAUGUUAAAGCAAAAGAGAUGACUGGUUAAAGAAGCUUGUGUUUGAGUAUGUGUUGCCUUAUGUUCAACAGAUGAGAUAUAAGCAAGUCUUAAAUAGCUGCACUUGACUGAAACAAUAGAUCCCUGCUUAGCUUCUAGGAUUCCUUUAAAUUACUACCUUUGUAUUUUACCAGCUGUGAGAGCCUCACUAUAUUAGUGGUCCUGUAAAAUGUCAAAGCCCUUCCAGCUGGAGUCAGCACAUACAUAAUCUUCCUUCUGAGCGAUGCUUGAAGCCUAAUAGGCUCAGAGCUAAAAAUAAACUUUUUUUUUCCUUCAGGAAAUUUCUAGGAAUAAUAACCUCUCUAUGACUUACACGUUAUUUCAAACAGCUUUUAUCUGAAACUAACCCAAAUGUAAGCAAUGGUCUCAUUUCUAAGUUGGUGCUUCAUUCCAGACAAAAUUAAGUUUUGGCUGGCUUUGAUACUGCUCCAUUUGCACAUCCUGAGUGACCUUAAUCUUCAGUCUUCUCUCUACAUCAGUGUCUCUCCCGGUGUGCUGAUGACUGCUUUCAUGGCUCUUACCAGAAAGAUGCUGUUUAUUAAUGCAGCUGUGCAGGAUAUGCUCAAGCACUGUGUUGCCUUCAGUGCUGUGCCACUCUGUGCUGUGAGCUCAUGAAUACUCCUGUGAGCUCUGUGCUAUAACUGUGUGGCUGUCCAUGCUUUUGUAGGACCUGAACUAUUACCAGCUUAUGUGCAAAACUCUUCAACUCUUCAGAAAGCUUGAAGCCCCAAGAAACCAUAGGACAGUUUUCAGCACAAUCAGUCGAGCUGUAUUACAGUGACUUGAGACAGUUUGCACUUUCACAACACAGACCAGGGCUUCAAACUACCCUGCUAGAAAUUAGGUCCUGUGAUAACAAAACCACUUCCAGGUACAGCAUUCUCUGCCUGCUUAUUUGAGUACUUUCAAUGCCUAAAUGAUUCCAAAACCCCCAUGGUGGGCCCCACAGAGUCACAGGUAAGCAGCCAUGAUUGGUUGGAGCAGGGGAGGGAGUAUGUAACUGAAGUCAAUUUUAUAGGGAAACACACAAAAAAACCUUUUCUGCAGAUACUGCCAUGGCCAUAGGAGUAGUUAAGCAACUACCACAGUAAAGUUCAGCAUUAUGGUUUCACUAUUCUCUUGCCUCAGCUAUUUGCAGUCAUACAGUGGGAGAAUCCCUGCAGAGGACACUUGUUUUUAAACUUCACCAAUGAUGGCAGAGAGUUUAGGUACAAUUCAGCCUGAAAAUCUGCUGCUACAGGCAGUGUGUAACAGACAAAUGUGUUCUGCUAGGGCUGACUUUGUUUAAACUGCUUCUGCACCAGGUAACUGAGUGAAACUACUGCAUGGGGCUAAUAGUUUUAAAGUCAGAUAAAACACUUAAAUUUUGUGCAUUUU